UUCAUAUAAGAAAUUGCUUUGUCGAGCAUCACUAUUUUUUUUCAGAUCAAACCUUUCUUAAUUAUCACUUCUUCUAAUAGUCUUAUACAUAAACCAUAUAUACUCAACCAAGAGUCAGAGAGAGAGAGAGAGAGAGAGAGAGAGAGAGAGAGAGUUGGCAAUGGCGUCUCUGAGAUUAUCGUCUCUGCUCAGUGGGUCCUUCUCUGCUUCCUUGUUCUCUCUAGGCAGAAACUCUAAAUUUGGGAGGGGCAUCAGUAGGUUUAACACUGCUGCUUCACUUGAAGUACCUGUCACUCCAUCAGUUCAAAUAAAUCAUACACAGCUUCUAAUCAAUGGACAAUUUGUAGAUGCAGCAUCAGGAAAAACUUUUCCAACUCUUGAUCCAAGGACAGGAGAUGUUAUUGCUCAUGUUGCUGAAGGUGAUAAAGAAGAUAUUAAUCGAGCUGUAGCUGCUGCCCGAAAGGCAUUUGAUGAGGGACCAUGGCCCAAAAUGACUGCUUAUGAAAGAUCAUGUAUUAUUUACCGCUUUGCUGACUUGUUGGAAAAACACAAUGAUGAGAUUGCAACACUCGAGACAUGGGAUAAUGGAAAGCCUUAUGAACAAGCAGCAAAAAUCGAAGUACCGAUGCUGACACGGCUCAUGCGGUACUAUGCUGGUUGGGCAGAUAAGAUUCAUGGUCUUACAGUUCCUGCUGAUGGACCUUACCAUGUACAGACACUGCAUGAACCUAUUGGUGUUGCUGGGCAGAUUAUCCCAUGGAAUUUUCCUCUUCUUAUGUAUGGUUGGAAGAUUGGACCUGCAUUAGCAUGCAGUAACACUGUUGUGAUGAAGACUGCAGAGCAGACUCCAUUAUCAGCUCUCUAUGUGUCAAAUCUUCUCCACGAGGCGGGUCUCCCUCCAGGUGUUUUAAAUGUGGUUUCUGGAUUUGGCUCAACUGCUGGUGCAGCUCUUGCCAGUCAUAUGGAUGUGGACAAGGUUGCUUUCACGGGAUCAACUGCUACUGGCAAGGUCAUAAGCUCACUGGCUUCAAAAAGCAACCUUAAACCUGUGACAUUAGAGCUUGGAGGGAAGUCUGCUUUCAUUGUCUGUGAGGAUGCUGACAUUGAUCAGGCUGUUGAGCUUGCACACUUCGCUCUGUUCUUUAAUCAGGGUCAAUGUUGUUGUGCUGGGUCUCGUACAUUUGUACACGAACGUGUGUAUGAUGAGUUUGUAGAGAAAGCAAAGGCGUGUGCUAUGAAACGUGUUGUUGGUGAUCCCUUCAAAACAGGCGUGGAACAAGGUCCUCAGAUUGAUUCAGCACAAUUUGAGAAGAUCCUAAAUUACAUUAGAUCAGGCAUCGAAAGUGGUGCGACCCUUGAAACUGGAGGUGAAAGAGCCGGCACCAAAGGCUUCUAUAUUCAACCAACUGUCUUCUCAAAUGUCCAGGAUGACAUGAAAAUUGCGAAGGAAGAGAUCUUUGGGCCAGUGCAGUCCAUCUUAAAAUUCAAGAACCUUGAUGAGGUGAUAAAAAGGGCAAACAGUAGUCCCUAUGGGCUGGGUGCAGGGGUCUUCACCAAGAACCUUGGAAUUGCCAACACAUUGAUGCGUGCGUUGAGAGUGGGGAGUCUCUGGAUUAAUUGCUUUGAUGUCUUUGAUGCUGCAAUACCUUUCGGUGGAUACAAGAUGAGUGGACAUGGCAGAGAAAAGGGAAUCUACGGCCUUAAUAACUACUUACAAGUGAAAGCUGUUAUUUCUCCAGUAGAGAAUGCAGCCUGGUUAUAAUCUCUGUUUGAUGUUAAUCUGUUUCAAGCAUGAUAAUAAGAUGCAGACUUGUUUGUAUUGGAAGCUGCAUGGCUUAUUGUCUUUUAUCCAAGUGCUUCUUUUUCUUCAAGGCAAGUGGUGCAUCCAUUAGAAUCUAUCUUUAAGCAAUGAGGGUAGAUUGCUUAUCUUGUUUAUUGUUAGAUGAUGCUAUACUUAAGAUGCAGAACCAUUUCCAUUGUGCUUCAA